AUGACAGGCACGACGUCCACGAUGCUCGAACGUCAGCUCAUGCAGAUGUCUCUCCACAACCUCGGUGCUUCAGUUCUGGAAAAGACAGGCGUAUCCCUCGGGCAGGGUCGAUCCCAUGCGGGCUACCAGGAGAUCGGACGCGAGGACUCCGACUUCCGCACAUCGCUCUCUCGCCACCUCUCGAGUCUCAGCGAACGACUUGGUCUCGACGAGAAGCCCCAGUCCGAGGCUGCCCGUGUUCCGGCCAUCUCCAAGCUUCCUGAAGAGAUCCUCGCCCUCAUCUUCCACGAGCUCCGCGACGCCGCGGACUUCACCCUACUCGGCGACCACUCGAUAUUUACCCUAGAAAGCUGCUUGAGCUGGCUCGCGGUGACCACUGUAUGCCGCGAGUGGCGCGCCGCCGCUCUCGGAGAUGCAUGGCUCUGGACUACGAUCCCUCUCUAUGGUAAUAGAGAUUGGGUGGCUAGAUACGUCGAGCGCGCUCGGGACUACCCUCGUCUGCGUAUCCUGUUCACUCCGGACGCGCUGGACGAACACCAAGACUUUCUGCACGCCAAUGCCAGGCGCAUCGAAGCGCUCGUACAGGUCGCUGCGCGGGGUCCCUCAAGCUACCGACGCGCGUACGAGUCGGCAACGGGAGCUGACUUCGACCUCGACCUCGCUCAUGCGCCAAACCUCCAACAUCUCAACCUCUUACGCUGGCCCCUGCCAAGCAUAUCUAUCGUGAACUGCACUCAACUGCGGACGCUGAGCGUGCAGGGAUACACAAGCGGCGCCAAAGGCGCGUACACCAGCCUCCUCGACUUGAUCGAAUCGAAUCCUCUGCUCGAAGUCCUGAACUUCUCCGGCCGCGAAAACACCAAUAUCGCCUGGAGUCGAGACGCAAAGGGUCGCGACCGCAAAGUCCGAGUCCCGCGUCUCCGUCGUCUCUUCUUAGCGGGGAGCCUGUUCCUCGUCUGGCAGUUAUGGCAAGCGCUCCAGAUUCCCACGGACGCGUCCGUUCAACUCUGUUUCGACGGUUUUCACAAGUAUGUCCCUUAUAAGUUCGACGCGCCAAAGCGACCGUUCGAUUGGCUCAGGGUGCACGGUACCAUGAGUAUUGAAGUCGGACACGGAGCUAGUUACCCCAACGACCCCUCGUGGUACGUGACACCGCCAGGAGUGAGGCUCGCGCUAGAGCCGAAGGUGGAUUACGAUCGUCACAAGGAGUAUGCAGAUUCCCAUGAAGCAUGGGCCGUGGUAACCCCUAUCAUGGAAUGGUGCCAGGCGUUAGGAGUGAAAGGUCUACGUUACCUGUCGCUCGAGAUGCCCUAUAGGCACAACCUCACAUACCGGCACGCAAACGGUUGGGACGAGUACUUCGGAAAGAGCAUUCUCCUUGAGAGCGUGCGGAUAACACACAAGGACUUCAUGUUCUUCUGCGAGGCUCUGGCGCUCCCCCGCGACAAACUAACGUGGGCGGCGCGGGACGCAGGCGGCUUUCUCCCUGCGCUCCGUUGGCUGAUCAUCUGGGAUGCGGAGAACAAGUUUUUUGACAGGAAUGAGGACAAUCUGGGUCAGGCGCUCGGCUGGAUCCGGGAACGGGCGAGUAGGAAACCCUUCGGGAUGUUGUUUUAUUGGAAAAAUAGGAAGGCGCAGGAAGAUGCGCCGAGGCGAAUGCUGAAGUGGCUUCGCCAGCUGUCGGAGGUAGAGGGCCUCAAGGUUGAGCAUUUCUACCGGUCGCGGUUGCCCCCUGAGGCCAGAGGCGCGGCUCACCUGGUGACCGGGCACGGCGUAGACGAAGUCGACUGA